AUGGCCAGUACCUCCAGGCCCUGAAUGCUGACUGGCACGCAGACUGCUUCAGGAGCCUCUCAAGUGCCGUGAUGUGACACAGGGCUGGCACCAGCCCCUGGGCCCCAAAGUCCUCGCAGUAAGAGCCUUGUAAAAGCACAAGGGUGUGCCUCUGGCACCAGCACUGGGGGUCACCAUCACUGCAGGGAUCCUUCCCUGGUUCUAGCUAUCCUCCCCGGUCAUGGUCAGGCCCAGUGGUCCAAGCUUUGCUCUGUUCCAGCUGCUGUGUGUGGGAGGUUCCUUCCCUUAAGCCAGCAGCGCACAAACCCGAGGGCCACUGUAGCUCUGGUGACAUCUCCCCAGAGGCCAGGUGGGCUGGCCCUGGGCGAGGAGGGGUGAGCAUGGAGCUGGCACAGGGCUCAGAGCCUGGGCCCUGGGAAGCAGCCCCCCCCCGGGGGGGGGGACCUCUCAGGCGAGGACAACAGACUGUCCUGGAAGUCAACCUCUGUUCCUGUGGGAGCGGCACCGGAAGAAGCAGCUGCUUCGGAGCUUGUUCUGUCCCCAGAGAGUCCCCAGCCUCUGGUGCCUUUGUCCAAUCAGAGGCCCAGGGGCCUGGACAGCGCUUUCUCAGGUGUGCAGGGCUGAGGGCUGGGGGAGAGUGCAGGCCACCACCUUCCUGCUUCCCUGCCCGCCCCAGAGUGCGCCCAGGGAGGAGGCCCCCCAACUGCUUCCUGUUGUGGCCCUACACCAAGUCCUCCUCACCCAUGGCUGCAGCCUCCUCCCCUGCUCUGUGGCCAUGCUAGCCCCACCCUCUGCAGCCUCCAAUCCUGAGGGCCUGGAGUAGGAUGGGGAAGCCACUGGCUGGUCUGGCUGAUUGCACUCCUCUGCUGCCCCGUGCUGCAAAAGAUGCUGGCCCUGAGGAGAAGCCGCUUCCUCAGAGGAGCCAAGUGUUGUGAAUGCAGUGCCUCCCUCUCACACCAAUACUACGAGAAGGAUGGACAGCUCUUCUGCAAGAGGGACUACUGGGCCCGCUAUGGAGAGGCCUGCCAUGGGUGCUCGGAGCACAUCACCAAGGGGCUGGUCAUGGUGGCUGGGGAGCUGAAAUACCACCCCGAGUGCUUCAUCUGCCUCACGUGCGGAACCUUCAUCGGUGACGGAGACACCUACACGCUGGUGGAGCACUCCAAGCUGUACUGCGGGCACUGCUACUACCAGACUGUGGUGACCCCCGCCAUCGAGCAGGUCCUGCCCGACUCCCCCGGCUCCCGCCUGCCCCACACAGUUACCCUAGUAUCCAUCCCCGCCUCACCUCAUGGCAAACGUGGCCUGUCGGUCUCCAUUGACCCUGCCCACGGCCCGCCAGGCUGCAGCACAGAGCACUCCCACACCGUCCGCGUCCAGGGAGUGGACCCAGGCUGCAUGAGCCCAGAUGUGAAGAAUUCCAUCCAUGUGGGAGACCGGAUCCUGGAAAUCAAUGGCACACCCAUCCGGAACGUGCCCCUGGAUGAGAUUGAUCUGCUGAUCCAGGAAACCAGCCGCCUGCUCCAGCUAACUCUUGAGCAUGACCCCCAUGACACCCCGGGUCACGGGCCAGGGCCUGAGCUCAGCCCCCUGGGCUCCCCAACCCCCACUCCCAGUGGGGAGGUGGGCACCUCUUCCCGGCAGAAGCCUGUCCUGAGGAGCUACAGCAUUGACAGGUCUCCGGGUGCUGGCUCACUAAGCUCCCCAGCCUCCCAGCGCAAGGACCUGGGUCGCUCUGAAUCCCUCCGUGUGGUCUGCCGGCCACACCGCAUCUUCCGGCCAUCGGAUCUCAUCCAUGGGGAGGUAUUGGGCAAAGGCUGCUUCGGCCAGGCCAUCAAGGUGACACACCGGGAGACAGGCGAAGUGAUGGUGAUGAAGGAACUGAUCCGGUUUGAUGAAGAGACCCAGAGGACGUUCCUCAAGGAGGUAAAGGUCAUGAGAUGCCUGGAGCACCCUAACGUGCUCAAGUUCAUUGGAGUGCUCUACAAGGACAAGAGGCUCAACUUCAUCACAGAGUACAUCAAGGGGGGUACCCUCCGGGACAUCAUCAAGAGCAUGGACAGCCAGUACCCGUGGACUCAGAGGGUGAGCUUUGCCAAGGAUAUCGCUUCAGGGAUGGCUUACCUCCACUCCAUGAACAUUAUCCACCGGGACCUGAACUCCCACAACUGCCUGGUCCGAGAGAACAAGAAUGUGGUGGUGGCUGACUUUGGGCUGGCACGGCUUAUGGUGGAAGAGAAGACACAGCCCGGAGGCCUUCGAAGCAUCAAGAAGUCAGAUCGCAAGAAGCGAUACACGGUAGUGGGCAACCCAUACUGGAUGGCGCCUGAGAUGAUCAAUGGCCGCAGCUACGAUGAGAAGGUGGAUGUGUUUUCCUUUGGAAUCGUCCUGUGUGAGAUCAUUGGGCGGGUGAAUGCGGACCCCGACUACCUGCCCCGCACCAUGGACUUUGGCCUCAAUGUGCGGGGCUUCCUGGACCGUUACUGCCCUCCAAACUGCCCGCCGAGCUUUUUCCCCAUAACUGUGCGCUGCUGUGAUCUGGACCCCGAGAAGAGGCCCUCCUUCAUGAAGCUGGAGCAGUGGCUGGAGACCCUCCGCAUGCACUUGGCCAGCCACCUGCCACUGGGCCUGCAGCUGGAAGAACUGGACAGGAGCUUCUGGGAGACCUACCGGCGAGGCGAGAGCGGACUGCCCGCUCACCCCGAGGUCCCUGACUGAGCCCAGCCCACCCGGCUGCCCCCGUGCCCACCUCUGGAGGACCCACCCUGUACCACACUCCUCUACAGGUCGUGGCCCGGGCAUGGAGCCCCCAGCUGGGCAGCAGGCACCCAGACUCCUCCCCAGCACCGGGCCCUGACUUGCCUUCUCUUAGCCUGUGGGCCGUGGCCCCUGCCCCAUCUCUGCCCCUGGCCCCAGAGCUGGCCUGGCUGCACACACGCCGUCACCUCACCCUGCCUUACCUGUCUUGGUGGGGCCAACCCCUCUCGCUUCUCCUUGCAUGAGCUGGAGGGCCCGUGUGAGUCCUGCCCCAUCCUCCACCCCGCUGCCCCUAGCCGUCCUGCGCACACUCCCCGUCUGUGGCUUCUCUGAGGCCAGGCCAGUAGACAGCCUCAGACUGGACUGGUCAAGGCUGUGUUCGUAGGAGGGCACCAAAUGAGGGAGAGGCUGCAUUCUGGGGUGCGUCAACCCCCCCGGCGGGUGGUGUCUCUGUAGUAGCAGGUAUUGAUAGUUACCCAAACCCCCAAACAGAGAGGUCUGCCUCUGGAGGGUGGGAGUUCCCAGUAGCUAAGCCGCAGGCCUCUCUUGCUUUGGGUCUCUUCAUUUCUUUCUCGAAGCCACUUUAGUGAGAAGCAGCAGGUACCAGGCCUCAGGGUGAAGGGAGGGUCUGCUGGGGGAGAGGGGAGCCAGAUCCCUGGAUCAGAGCUGCCGGGAGGAGCCACAGAGGGACGCUGGGCAGAGCGGACGAGGCAGGUGUCCACCAGCAUCCCAAUCCCCAAAGUCCAUCUCAGUGCCCCUCCCGGGCUUCUCCCCAGGCCGCCCCUCCCCGUGGCCCUCUGUCCUCUGGGUUCUUUCUGUGUAAUCUAUUUUUUGAGAAGAAUUUGUAUUAUUUUUUCAUACGGCUGUAGCAGCUGCUGUCAGAGGGCUUGGGGCUUUAUUUUUCUGGCGGGCGGGGGUGGGGGAGCCAUUUUGUCACUUUGCCUCAGUUGAGCAUCUAGGAAGUAUUAAAACUGUGAAGCCUC